AUGCAAUUCUCAGUCAUCGCCCUUCUGUCCCUCGUGGCCGUUGCUUUCGCAUCUCCCAUUGCUCUUCCAGACCGUCUCGAUGACAUCGUUGCUCGUCAAACUACUGCCACCUCAUCGGGUGUCGAUGCCGAAGCUCCUGCCAUGAGCGAUGCCGAUGGAAAUGUCGUCAGCUUCAACACUGCCUCUGUAUACUUAGACGCCACUGCCAAGGGAAACUAA